UUUCAACUGCCCGAUCAAAACAUUACUGUCGCAACGGAAGCCGGAAGGGGACAUUGUUCUCCAGUAGAUACAUUGCAGUUUCUCUGUUACUCCGAGAGGAAUGUGUUCAGCAGCAGGUUUGUCUUAAGUGCAAGGUCUCCACUGAUGUUGACUGGAUGCAGAAAUCUCUCUUGGACAUUUUUAUUGCUCACCUACAGAAGACUUUGUACCAGGAACAGCUACAUCCCACCCUCUGCUGUCUGCUCUUCUGCCUCAACAUCCAUCCCUCCAUCUCUCCUUCCACCUGCACACAGUCACGGCUUCUUGACGAGCCGACAAACCUCAGUUCCCCUGCACCCAUCUGCUCGUUUCUCCUCCACCCGCUCACUCUUUCAUUCUACCCACAGUCCUGGCCUGAUGGAGCUAAAAGAGGUUCUGCAGGUGAUGGAGCAGCUCGCUCCUCUGUCCCUUGCUGAGUCAUGGGACAACGUUGGCCUCUUGGUGGAGCCGAGCAAAUCUCGGCCUGUUAAAACCGUCCUGCUGACAAAUGACCUUACAGAUGCCGUCAUGGAGGAAGCGGAGACCAUAAGUUGUGACCUCAUUAUCUCGUAUCACCCGCCAUUGUUUCGGCCAAUCAAGCGUCUAGUUCAGAAAGACUGGAAGCAGCGAUUGGCCAUCCGGGCGGUGGAGGCUGGGAUAGCAAUCUUCUCCCCUCACACUUCGUGGGAUAGUGUUAAAGGAGGAGUAAAUGACUGGCUGGUGGGGGGACUCGGUAGUGGUCAGGUGUCUGUGCUGAGUCAGGCCCACGGUGGUGCCACCCACAGUCACAAACUGGAAUUCAUGGUCAGGAGCACAGACGAACUAAACGCUGUCAUGGAGGAACUGAGGGCUUGCGAUGGUGGAACACUUCAGCAUUCAGUUAGCAGACCUGACAACAGUGGGCUCCAUGUCAGUGUAACCUGCAGUGACUCAGCGCUGACCCCCAGUGUCCAAACUCUGUUACGACACGCUGCUCCCAGCCAGUCCCUCAGCAUCCUGAAGUUAGAGAAGCCCCCUCUCCCGGGCCAUGGCCAAGGGCGACUCAGCGUUUUGGACCAGCCAGUAACCGUGGCAACAGCCAUCCAGAAAAUGAAGUCCCACCUGGGUUUGAGUCACCUCCGUUUGGCUCUAGGAUUGGGGCAGACACUAGAGUCCUCUGUGUGCACUGUGGCUGUGUGUGCUGGAUCAGGGGCCUCAGUAUUGAAUGCGGUCAAAGCAGACCUCUACAUCACAGGUGAGAUGUCCCACCACGAAGUCCUGGACGCUGUGGCAAAUGGAACCAGUGUCCUCCUCAGCGAUCACAGCAACAGUGAGCGGGGUUUUCUGACUGUGUUCAGGGAGAGGCUGGCUGUGCGUCUUCCUGACAGGGUCACCGUGGUGGUGUCAAAGGCUGACAGAGACCCUCUGGAAGUGGUCUAACCAGCAUGAGCUCUGUUUGCACUAGACAAGAAUCAUUAACUUUUGCUGGGUAAAUUGCAGAAUAUCUUUUCUUUAUUUUAACAGAGGCAAUGUCUGUUGUCUCUGUGAGGGCCAGAUACAAUGUGUGACAUGAUUACAUAAAAAACUACCUACUUUCCAUUCAAGCUCUUUAUGUAAAGCUACAGUAGAGCUGUAUUUCGGAAAACAUCAAACUGUGCCCUCAUCUAAUGAUGCAAAGUGCUUCCUUGGUACAUGUUGUAUUAUCUAUCAUGUAUUUCUGGCAGGGUCUUAAUAAAAAUGGGAUGUGGUUGAUCAAAAAAA